UUAACUGUCUAGAAAUCAGAUUCUGAAGUUGCGCUGAGUGGACGCUGUCGCUCCGAAACCCCAAAAUAUUGUGACACCGGCCGGAUUACCGCUGACGACGGGCGGGCAGCGAGAAGGUGGACGGACCACGGCGUUUUUUACCGUCGAAUUAAUACUUUUCUGGAGGCCUCGGGGGGGAAAACACCUCACGAUAAGCUAACAAGUAGCCACCAUGUCGGGGGAAGACGUGCCCCGUGUGGCCUCGCCUCGGCCCGCCUGCCCUGCUCUCUGAAGCCGCUGGUCGACACGAACAAGCGGCGGUAGCUUCUUACUCAACGGCCCCAAUGCAGCUAACGGCUAACUGCUAACGGCAUACAUUAGUCAACGACUGUUUCACUCCGCUCUUUUAGCUCGCGAGCCAUGGCGGACAGCUCCGGAGAGCCGUCCACCGGACAGGGGAGCGGGGCUUCACCGCUGCCGACUUUGGCUGACACUUUCCCGGUGGGACACAAGGCGACCAGCCCGGCCUCCGCACCUCCCGCGGCGGCCGCGCAGAGUGGCCUCGCCGCUCCGGCUCCUCCCGCGUCGGCCCCCGCCGUCAGCGGGUUCGGUAACGCGUUCAUCCCGGGCUCCUUGCCCUCGGUCGUGGCCAUGUCACCGAGCCUACACGCCUCCUCGGUGCUCCCCGGGGUCGGGUUCGGGCUCGGCGGGGUGGCAGGAGCGGACCUGCUGUCCCAUAUCCACGCCACGUCCUGGGACCCGACGCUGAGCACGGACUGGGACAACGAAAAGGCGUCGCAGCAGUGCAUCCUGCGGAUCAAGAGGGAUAUCAUGUCCAUCUACAAGGAGCCUCCUCCCGGGAUGUUCGUGGUCCCCGAUCCUCAAGACAUGACGAAGAUCCACGCCCUGAUCACGGGGCCCUUCGACACGCCCUACGAGGGGGGCUUCUUCCUCUUCCUGUUCCGCUGCCCCCCCGACUACCCCAUCCACCCGCCACGGGUCAAGCUCAUCACCACCGGACACAACACCGUGCGCUUCAACCCCAACUUCUACCGCAACGGCAAAGUCUGCCUCAGCAUCCUGGGGACCUGGACCGGCCCGGCAUGGAGCCCAGCGCAGAGCAUUUCAUCCGUCCUCAUCUCCAUCCAGUCUCUGAUGACGGAGAACCCCUAUCACAACGAGCCGGGCUUUGAACAGGAGCGCCACCCGGGGGACAGUAAGAACUACAACGAGUGUGUCCGCCAUGAGACCAUGAGGGUGGCUGUGUGUGACAUGCUGGAGGGGAAAGUCCCGAGUCCAGAAGCUCUGUGGAGUGUGAUGGAGAAGUCCUUCCUGGAGUACUACGACUUCUACGAGGGUGUCUGCAAGGAGCGUCUGCACCUCCAGGGCCAGAACAUGCAGGACCCGUUUGGCGAAAAGCGCGGCCGCUUCGACUACCAGGGCCUGCUGGCUCGCCUCGGCGCCACCCACAGGCGGGUCCGCGAGAAGAACCUGGCGGAGGAAGAGCGCAACGGUGUCGAGUCGGACUCUGACACCAGCUCCACGGGGACUGACCCCGACAGCCAGGGAAGCUCCCAGCCCUGACCCCCCUCCCCACCCCGGACAUCGCUGGACUUAAGAGCCGGGCCAAGAACUUAAGGGCAAAUGGACCUUUUUUUUUUCUUUCUUUGUUUUGUGUGCAGUGGAGAAACGAAGUCAGAGGAGAAGUUUAGCGAAUUGGAAUCUAGUUUCAGUUCUACGUUUCAGAGAGAGGGGGGAGGGAGGCAGAGAGAGAGGGGGAGAGAGAGAGAGAGAGGCCUCGUGAAUCUGGCGUGGGGCGGACCAGCUGCCACGUCGACGUCCUGUUUGAUUAUUUUUUUAAAGAAGCCCGAUAGAUGUCAACCAGCCACUGUGCUGGUGAAAGGUUUGAUCGUCAUUCUAAAGGAGUUCGCUCCACUUUGACCCACGAGCCGUCGCUCUCUUUCAGAUGCUCUGUACUUGGCAUCUGAUGGGGAUCAAACCCACGGCUCCCUUUUUUUUGCUUUUCAGGCCAGGCGGAGGGGCCGCACACUGUCGCCUUUUAAAUCCACGGACGAUCCUUUUUAACAAGCGGGAUGUGGUUGGACGAAGUGGGCGGGGCCGAGGACUCUGCUACCGGGCCUGUUUAAGAACAUCGGCAUACUCCGGUCAUUUCAUAUGCCUGAAGAGGGCUGCAGGAAGGACCCAGAAAUGAGUCUGCCUUUUUUGCACUUCCUGUAACUCCUUCUCAAAGCCAACGUUUUUUCGAGAGUUCAACGAUUUGUUCUACGACAUAAAAUAAUUCAGCCGAUAGCCCCCCUGUGACGUUCGAGUCUAUUUUUACGCGUCUUGUGUCCGCUAACAAGCAGUGGCUAACAAGUGUCUGCUAACAAGCAGUGGCUAACUAGCAGUGGCUAACAAGUGUCUGCUAACAAGCAGUGGCUAACAAGUGUCUGCUAACUAGCAGUGGCUAACUAGCAGUGGCUAACAAGUGUCUGCUAACAAGCGGUGGCUAACAAGCAGUGGCUAACAAGUGUCUGCUAACAAGCAGUGGCUAACUAGCAGUGGCUAACUAGCAGUGGCUAACUAGCAGUGGCUAACUAGCGGUGGCUAACAAGCAGUGGCUACCAAGUGUCUGCUAACAAGCAGUGGCUAACAAGAGUCCGCUAACAAGAAGGUGGCUAACAAGUGUCCGCUAACAAGCAGUGGCUAACUAGCAGUGGCUAACAAGAGUCCGCUAACAAGCAGUGGCUAACAAGUGUCUGCUAACGAGCGGUGGAAAGCGAGCAGCUAAAUGUGACGACAGAACCAGUCCUCCGUUAGCUUAGUGGAAGUCACAUGACUGCUGCGUAGUUAGCUUGUUACUUCUGCCGCUUGCAUUCCCGCUUCAAAACUCCACAGUGGUGUUCGUCCUAGAAGAUUAUGUUUCAGUAGAUUAAACAUUUGUUUGCCACGGAGCUUGUUUUGGGAAAUAAUCCAGAAUCCAAUGGAAAAAUUCCCAUUUUAUUUACUUUUUCGUGGAACUAAAGCGAUUUGCUCACGACCGCAAUGAACGGGAGGCAUUUAGCCGGUAGCGGUAUAACUGCUAAUACAGACGGGACGUGGGCUUUGUAUCCAGGUAGAGUUGGGGGGGGGGUGGGGGGACGACAAAAUAUCUUGUUUAAUCUGCAACAUCAACGUGUGAAAGUGACAUAUACCAGAGAUUUUGCCGCCACGGAAGCCAACCCACCGAUAAAACCAUCACGUUAGCAUCGAGCGGCGCCGCUAAACGGACAUUCUUCCCUUUAAGCUAAGCUAGCCGUUGUGUGAGCGCCGGCUAUUCAACUCUUCGCCAGUAGGGGGAUUAGAAUAACGCCUCGGGCCGAUUGCAGACUCUAAACCUCCAGGUUAACGCCCCUUCUUGUGCGCUUUUCAACGAGGGGUCGGACACUUGCCGUCGCGUUAGCUUCCCGGUCCGCCCGGCGUCGGCUUGUCUGCUCCAAAAUGGUGUUUUACUAAUGCAGGGCAUUCCUCUUUUAUUUUAUUGAGUUUUUUAUUCCGCUGUAGAGUGUUUAUGCAGCGACGCGGCUCCAAGCUGGAUAUUUGCGACGGCGUCAAAGUUCCCCGGACGCGGAAGAGAAGAGAUCGUCUCCCUGGUUUGGUUUGUGUUGUGUUUGUUCUUCUGGGCUCUAUUUACAGAGAGAUCAUCUCCCGGGCCGAUGUAACACGUCUGUAUCGUACAGACGUUCUGGAAGAAGUACGGAAUAAAAUGUUGUUCAGUCCUGA